AUGAAAAGAGACUCGUUCCAGUAUAGGGUCAUGCUGAAGUCAGCGAGGGCUUACAGCGGCACAGCAGAAGUAGAUCUCCUAGUGGAUAUCCAAGAAGAGAGCGUAGAAGAUACAGGAAUUGAGCUUGAGGCUGCAGACGUUGAGGCUGCUGAACCUGCAAAGGUUCAAGCCGCAGAGGUUGAAGUUGCACAACUUGAAAACUGCAAAAAAAAGACGAAGAUUAAGAUGAAGAGGACGGAGAAAGUCAGCAGCAAACAGACUAAUCUGAUCAGCCAAAUGAAGAAUUUGAUGAUGAUAGCCAUGAGAAAGACAAAACAACAUUUAACAGUGUCCUGGAGUACUACACACUCACCAAGUACAACAACUACAGACAACAGUGGCUCCGAGGAUUUUAUAGGAACCUGGGCUUACCGGAUGCUGGCUACAAGAAAGAAGUUAACAGAAUCCAGCUCGUAAGUCAAGUUAAAACACUACUUGAGGCCCCAGAUAAGGAGGAGGAAAACAUCUUGGUAUUCGGUGAAGACCAAGAGGAUGCUGUGUGGACAAGAUGGGUCAACCCUCACCUGAAAGAGGAGAGUAAGGCACCUGGCACCCUCAUAUCAUACCUUACAAGUCUGCAAAAGUUCAUAACAUUUGUUACAUCCAAGAAGUAUGAUUCCAGAUCUAUGCCUUCUCUGCAUCCGAACUACAAGGUGUGGUUUGGACACCUAAUUCCUGCACUCAAGAGUUGGAGAGAGACAGUGGAUGCCACAACCCAAGAUCGCCAAUGAAGGGGGUAUAUCCAGGAAUGUGAUACACUCAUCACCUUUGAAGACAUUGAAAAAGUAAAAAAAUGUAAACCGUACGUGGGUGUUGAAAAGUUGCUCUUCCAGGUCAACCAAGACCAGAGACUGACCUUUCACGAGUUCACGCUUGUAAGAGACCUGCUUCUAGUAAAGUUUCCCUUGUUGACGGGUCUGAAAAAAAGGUUGACGAAAACAUAACAGGGAGGACGAGGUUGCUGUUGAAGUUUAGAGUUUGAAGAAUGAUGGUUAUGGCAACGAAUCAGUGACAUAGAGAAGAAAAUGAAAAAAAAAAUUAAACAAAAAAAGCAAAAAAAAGGACUGGGGGGACCAUGGAGCCAUGUCAUCAAAUCCAGCCAACACAGAGUGGGAAUGGCGCCCCCAUGGUAACGGUUCAGUGACAUGUAUAGGAAACAGAAAAAAAUUUGAAAACAAACAACAAAAAAAGGAAAUGGGAGGAGGGGACCAGGGAGCCAUAUCAUCAAAUCCUGGAAACACAGAGUGGGGAUGGCACCCCCAUGAUACCCCGUUUGUGUUAAGGAACAUGAACUUGAGGCCACCAAUCACGUGAUCCUAGCAACAACGAGUCCAGUUGGUAUUUUGAUGAUACCCUCUGAAUGGCCUUUGGUAGCGCAUUUGCACUAUCAAGUCUCAGAAUAAUACCCUCACAUUCCAAUAUCAACGUUAGGGGGCGGACCAGGAAAGCAAUAGAGGGGUAACCAGACUGCAGAAACGUUUCAAACAUCCCAAACAUCAUUUCCAGGUCCAUUUUGACCACAUACAGACUUGAAGAAAUUUCGUAUUUAGCCCCAAAAUCAUAGGCUAACCCCACUUGGAAAAACUCCAAGAUGGCCGCCAUCGAAAUUUGAAAAUCUCAUACAUGGCGUAGAUGACCUUGACAAGACUCCAAAACAUCGCCAAACAUCAUUUCCAGGUCGAAUUUAACCAUAUACAGACUGAAAAAAUUUCUCAUAGACCUAACAUCGUACACUAACCCGUUUGGAAAAAAUCCAAGAUGGCCGCAAUCAAUAUUUGAAAUUGUUGCAUGUGGGCUAGCUGACCUUUGAUAAAGAAACUAAAUGUCACCAUAUGUGGUCCAAAUGACUGAUAAAUACAAACACUGAAGGAAUCACGGGGGGGGGGGGGCAAAGUCACUUACAAGAUAAAUUUAACAUCCUGACAGUUGCCUAGCAACCAACAUAGCAAUCAAACCUCUGGGUAACUGAUCAGUCAUACCAUGGCCCUAACCUUAACCCUGGACGGCUCAACCGAGUUUGCAUCCUGCUAAGACCAUGUGCGGCCCACGCCAUACUCGCACGCGAUGAAAUUCUAACCUCGCUCGUUUCGCGAGAAUUUAUAAACUGCAAUUCUACUGGGAAACUCUCCUGCAAUAAUGCGGUUUUUAUUAUUUACUCCACUCAUUUUAAGUGCUUUACUUAAAAUGCGACUCAAAGUUGACAGAUCCUCACUUCAAUUCAAAAAUCUUAAUUUACUAUGAAUUAAAGGAAACAAAAACUGAACUUUCUGAGGCCCUCCCUUUUCAAUCACUAUUUGGCUGGUUUAUAUUAUCGUCCGGUGGCCGGACCAAGGACCUACUACACCAAAUUUACUUUGGAAUAUUAUCUAAAAUUUUGGUUUUUAACCCAAAAUUCAACCUGUUGACCGAAUUUUUUUUGCAACUCGAAAGAACAUUUCUUGUACACCAUGUACACCAAAAAUACGCUUUCUUAACGCACUUGAUCACAUAUCCGUUCAAUUCAAAAUAUAUCCAAGUAAUUUAAGGCGCCAUAAAAAAGACAAAAAAUACAGAACAAAAUUCACCGACGUUCACGUUAACUUGAUUUUCCACCCUCUCCUAGCAUCAAGAGAACCUCGAAUUGACCUUAAGAACGCAAACAGAUCAAUAAACACUCGGAAAGGUUCGCUUGUAUUGUAACCUUAAUUUGUUCCCGAAAAUUCCAUCACAAAGUAAAACCAGCCGGACCAAGGAUCACAUAAUGUACUUUAGCUGAUUUUAGAAGAUACAUUAACAGAAGUGUUGGACGUUUUACAGGCUUUAGUUCGCCUCAGGCGCACCCAAGCACACCAAAAGGCCAAAGAAUAUUUUACAGCCCUAAACAAAGUGGGAGCAAGAUGUGACGCUCUGAGUUCCUCCGACUUGCAGCGUUUAUUGUUUGGGCUGUUGGGAGAGCCUGUUACAGCAAAUAUCGCUGGGGAAGCCGCUUCGAUUCUGAAGUCUACAUACAAGGCACCCGAUCAGCCGCAAGAUACACCUAUAUCCCCAAGGCUUGGGAUUCCUUUGGGCGAGGACCAUGUUUCAAGUGUGGCCGCUUGGGCCAUUUUGCACGCACAUAUAGGGCCACUCAGACGCCUUUUCCAUACGGAUGGGGGCAUGGAGCUCGUAGUCAUGGGGAGCGAACAAACCCUCCCUGAUUAACUCCUUUCAUGUUUGAUUUGCAAGAUUGUGAUUUCUUCUUUUGCUGGUAAAUUAAACAUUUUGCUUGUGCAAGUUUUGUCGAUUUUUUUUAAAAAAAGCUCCUGCCGUCGUUUACCCUCGGGACCUGUGCAUCUCUGUUCUUGACCUGGUUCGGAUUCUGGGGUCAACGAGGGGUUGGUUUUCUUGUCUGUUUCGGCCUACAAUCAGGGACAAAAGUAGUUGACACACUUGUUUAAAACGGGUGCUUUUAGCAAGCAUUUAAUUCAUCUAUUAUUUCAUUCUUUUUAAACGCCGUAAAUCCCCUCACCCCCCGAAUCAAUGUUGUCUGAAGUAAAAAAAAGACUUGAGGGUCCAAAAUUCAACAUUGAUUUUGGGGGGGAAGGGGUUGGGGUAGACAGGGGAAUGGGAUAAGUAUAUCCACUAUGCAAAAAGGGGCCAUUUUACGGAAGUGUGCCAACACUUUUGUCCCUCAUUGUCUGAAUGCAAAAUUGUGCUACUGCACACAAGUUGAGCCGUGCAUGACACUGAUUUUAACUGAAAUUAAAGAAAUCAAAGACAUAAUUAUGUUAUUGGUGGUGGGGGUGACAUUGACUUAUUCACGACCGAAUUAUAGGGCCAAUUGGAAUUACGUGAUGACGUAAUAAAAGGGCUGCGAUAUCCAGAAUUAACGUCGAUAUGGUUUACAAGCUAAAAACUAACGCUGAAACUCGCGCACAUGUACAACUUUUGAUGAAUUUCAAGGGUACGCGUACUGAAAAUGUUUUUAAUAAAGUGAAUAUUUCUCGUUCUUCACUUUAUCCGAUGGUUAAGGCGCAAACAAUCACGGGUAGGGUAAGGAUUGACACGUAGUGGGGAUAGUCACUGGCCGGCCACGGAAAUAUGGAGCGUUAGUGCGGAGCGGCCGUCACUGCGUUCAAUAUCGAAACUACGGAAAAGUGAAGGUAAAUUCAUGGCCAAUUCAAUAAAAAACUAAGGACAGCGUAGCAAACAUUGCAAGUGUCCACGAAAACAAUUACUUUCAAUCCCACCUCGUGACACCAUGAGUGACAUGAUAACGCAACGCAAAUAGCGUGACAUGAGCGCAUAUGUCUGUGUAUUUGGACUGUAUUUCUCAAGCGAAACCCUGUGUUUUUGUCUAUUGUCGGCAGAGAAAAUGAAAAGAGAGCUUUGAAACGUGAACUGGUAUUUGACUCUCAAAGAAAACGACAGCUCAAACUGAGGAAAACACUGCUUCCUUCGUGUUACAACGGUUAACCACGUUUCGGAAAACGAAAAGUAAAAUGAGUCUGUUAUGACCUCUUAAUGUCCAUAUGUAUUCUCGUGGUUAACCGUUGAAACUCCUUAUUUGCACCACAUCGCUGGAAUUUUUCUUGCCAAGAAUACGUAUUGCGAAGUACUUUCUACAUAGCGGAAUCUUCUUUUGCCUUUCGUGAGGAAUUAGCGCAUAAAAAAGGAAAAUUUUCCAGCGCACGGCCGUCAUUGAUCACAUGUUAUCCCGCUUUCCUUGUCAUCAAGUGAACUUCUGGGCAAAAGUAAUUGCUGUUUUGGCGAUGACGCAAACUGGUGUGUCUAUCUUGAAAACAAUUUCUUUGGUAUUCUGUGAUUUACGAGCUGGGAAAUGAAAUAGUUGUCCAUCCAACAUCAAUAAAAAAAUUAUGCCACUGAAUAAAUGGCAGGCGGUCAUCUAAAAUCAUUACAAAAGUACAUUCCAAAACCUGGUCUAACCUGUUCGACGCCUACCUACGCUAAAGGUUUGGAUCACUUAGGUUUGAAAAGGUCUCCAAAAAAAACACACAUCUAUAUAUAGGACAUAGCACAAACGGCUGGCCCAUCAUUUAUGAGGUUCAUAACCUGUAUAUUGUUCACGUCCUUUCACUAAUGGCACAAGUCAAUGUCAAAAAUAAUGCAUGUCCCCUCAGUUACUCUGCAGUACUUCAUUCGCUUAAGUUAAUCAUUUACCAGAACAAUUUCCAUUGCACCUUAGUGUUUCCAUCCUUUUUCCACUAUUGAUAAUACUUGUGAAAACAUUACAUCCGCUGCAACGGCAUUGAUCAUAACACAAAUGAUUUCCUCUCGACCCCACAGGGUAUCAGGAACGCGCGCGGAAGUACAAGAUUAAGUGAUGACAUACGCUUCGUACAUUUUACUCUACGUAUACUACAAAUCAGGACGAAACUUUACAAAUUGUUGUUUCUAAAAAAAACAAUUUGGCCCAUAGAGUAACGUCAUCGCACAAAAAUUCAGCAGCGUCAAAAAUCUAGCCGGAAAACACAGAUACAUAUUUCAGACAAUCAGGGACAAAAGUAGUUGACACACUUGUUUAAAACGGGUGCUUUUAGCAAACAUUUAAUUCAUCUAUUAUUUCAUUCUUUUUAAACGCCGUAAAUCCCCUCACCCCCCGAAUCAAUGUUGUCUGAAGUAAAAAAAAGACUUGAGGGUCCAAAAUUCAACAUUGAUUUUGGGGGGGAAGGGGUUGGGGUAGACAGGGGAAUGGGAUAAGUAUAUCCACUAUGCAAAAAGGGGCCAUUUUACGGAAGUGUGCCAACACUUUUGUCCCUCAUUGUAGCUUUACAGCUUUUCCCUUUUACUCCGUCUGUUAGACGCAUUAUUCUCGGUUCGAGACUCAUACUUUUGUCCCUCUUCGCCCUCUGGUACAGGGCACCCAACCCUUCGUUUGCCCCCUGGUCUCUCCGGAGAUGGUUUCCUCGCUCCCGGAAUGAGGUGUUUUGAUGCUCUAACCACUGAGCUACUGAGAACUCAGUGGUGAGCAAGUCAAUUGUGGGCUGACAUAACUACUGCAUUGUGCAGUCACAUGUCAAGUGAACACACAAUAUUAACUGCAUUGCGCAGUCAAGUUCUAGUUGUCUCACAUACCAAUCGCUUCCAUGGAGUUCCCGUCACAAUAUAUUAGGAAACUUAAGCACCAGGCUAUUUUUGUUCCGGUAGGCAUUCUGGAGUUGUCUGUCAAGUCGUCUUCGUUUUGCGCGAACGUGAAAGCCUUCAUAUUGGCGAUGUCUCCAGAACGUGAGUAUCUAUCCCUAACUAGCUUUUCUCAAAAUUGAUUUAACAUUUUAAUUUGCUCUUGUUACUUUUUUAACAAGUAUUUUCUUUCAUGUUGUACAAAUUGUAUACUCAGGCAUAGAUAAAGACAUUCCAACAGAAAAUAUUUUCAUGCACAUCGGACAAAUAGCUGAAUUGUCUUAUUUUACUUUUAGAACUAUGGAGUGGACUGAAGAUCACGAUGUACUUUUGCUUCGAGAUAUCCUGGCGAGCGAUUUGUUUUCAUUCAAAAAAGGAAGUGUUGCCAGGGGAGAAAGGCGGGAAUUGAUCGCAGAAACGUUAAAUGAAGUGAAGGCACAAAGAUAACAGGGCAGUAAGAGACCGAUUGGUUCUUCUUCAGAAGAAGUACAAAGCUAAGAUGCAUCAAGAAGAAACUGCAAGUGCAAUAUCCCUGGACGACAUGUCUGAAAUAGAUGUUUUACUUGAAGAACUCAUCGGGAAAGAAGAGAGCUUAAACAAAGUUGGUGAUGCGCAGUCAAGAAAGUUAAAAGAAGAUAACAGCAAGGCAGAGGACGCAAGGCAGAAAGCUUUAGAGCAAUACAGCGAAGAGAAAAAGCGCAAGUAA